CCAGCCCUGGCUGCUAAGGAGCUGAGCUUGGUGGCUGUGAGCAUCUCAGUCCAGUGUCCCCAUCCCCCCCAUUCUGGCUCGUCUUAUGAUUUCUCCUCAGGGACAGCCACUGAGCAGGACCAUGUCUCCAUGCUGAUCCUUUGCUGAUAAGCCAGCUGCCAAGUCUCCAGCACUGUGACAAAAGAGUUUUUCUCUUCCCAGCAGGUUUUUCUGCUGUGAAUGACAGAGGAAGGGGGAAAACUGAGCUGCCUGGCACUCCUCGUGGGCAAGAGGCUUCAGGGGCUCCUUCCCCCCUGCAGUGCUGGCAGAACAUGGAUCUUUUCAGGCUGAGCCUGGGCUGUAUUUGCCUCCUUCCUUGGCUUGAAGUAGCAGAGGGACAAGGCUUCCUCAUCAGGAACAGCCGGCUGGAAAAGUGCAUCCGUGUCUCCCACCACAAGACCAACAGCAUCAGCCUGGCUGACUGCAAGGUGCACUCCCAGCCUCAGCAGUGGAGCUGGGACCCUGCCACCAGGACCAUCAUCAGCCUUCAGACAAAGCAGUGCCUGACAGCCCCCAUGACACAGGAGAAGGCUCUGGUCAAGCUAGAGCCCUGCAGGGACUGGGAACGCCAAGCCUGGUCCUGCAGCAAGAAGGGACACUUGACUCUGCAGAGCUUUGGCUUCCACCUUAGCACCAAGGAAGGAGGCCACAAGGUCUUUGUCUCGAGGGAGAAGGACAAAUUCAGCAAGUGGAAGACUUCAGAGAAUGAAAUCAUCUGUGCUCCUGCCUGGAUGGCAGCCCCAAGGCCCAGCAAACCCACGCAAGCAGCUGCAGACACACAUGUGUGGAUCUAUGAAACUAAAACCAUUGAUUCAUCAAAGAUGGAUGCUGUGGACAGCGAUUCUUCUGUGGGCUUGAAUGACCCACCUCUGGCUAACAAAUUUAACAGCACAGUGCCUCCAGUGAAGACCAGACAAGCAUAUCUCCCAGCAAACGAGGAUGUGUCCCACAAUCACUCAAAAAAGCACCAUGGAAAUCGAGGGAAAAAUGCUGGGGCCAGGUUUUCAGGCACCAACUGGAAGACAGCCAUGCUGGUCCUCAGCCCCUUGGCCUUUAUACUGGGAUUAAUAAUACUGACACUCAAUGUUCAUUACAACAAGAAGAAGAAAGUCCUCUCUGCUCUGAAGAGUUCCCCAGCCCACAGCAGCAGAGCUGACUUACGGGAGCCGCCUCCCUUACGAAGAGGCCCUCAGCUGUACCUCCCACCAUCCCGCUCCCCUUCCCUGAGGCAUGGUGAGAUCCUCAUUGAGUGGAAAGAUGGGACUGUCACGCCUCUCUUUGAUAACACAAAUUAUCAAAUGGACUAGCACCACAAAAAUAAGGGAGCUGCUGCUCCACGCUGUGUCACUCUUCCCACCAGGAAGGGUGCCACCAUUCCCGGUCUCCUCCCUAGCUGGCUGUUUUGAUGGGGAGUUUUAAGCACUGUUUGUUGUUUGGGUUUUUUGUGGUUUUUUUUUUUUCUUUUAACACUUGAGAACAAUCUCCUUGCACAGCAUGAGGCUGAAGCAAGCAGAGCAGAUUGUUUGAUUUGUAUAGGCACACGCUGCUUAGCUCCUCCAGAGCUGAUUUAACCCAACAAACCCCAGAUUUAGUUAAAAGAAGCUGAGGCUCGUGCCAGCUGCAACUGCCCAAUGACCUGAAAUUCUAGGGUUACUAAAGCAUAUGAAAAAGUAAAUCCUUGGAGGCAAGGUGUGAGAAACAGGUGCCCUGAUGAUCCUUAAAUCUCUUUUAAGACAAAAAUACCUGCCAACACACACAGGAGGUUGUCAGUUGCUUUGUCAGCACAAGAAUAUAAAUAAUAAGCACUACCUUCAUGACUCAAGAGUCUCCUUCAGAUACCUGCCAAAAUACUCCUCCCGCUAAGUUAUCGAUUAAGUUACACUCGUUUUUCUAAUAUAAAAUUUAGCACUCUAUCAUCUUCUCUGCAUCACUGCAAGAGUUCUGCUGAAAGAUAAUGUAUCUCUCAGAAUAUACCUAUAUUUACAAUGUAUUAGACCUUAUUAGAACGCACAGUCUCUUUCUCUAUGUAGUGACAAGUGAUGUCAGUGAUGCUUAUUGGGGAUAUUACAUUUUUCCAGCCAUCCUAUGCCAGCUUCAGUCUCUAAUUCCCUAUAGUCCUAUGGAAUAAUCAAUGAACAGACGCUGCUCCGAUUUGGGCCAAAAUAUGGGCUCUUUAUAGAAAAAAGCAAGGCACUAUUUACAGCCUUCACUCUUCUUGUAUGUGCAUAAUUAACUGUGACCCAUCACACUUAGUCCUGAUCUUUUCUCAGUGAAACUUACAAUGUCUUGGUGCUUUGCUAAUAUUCAUGUAUUUAUGCUUUCCUUCUCUCUGAUCCAGGAAAUUACAAGCAUGAGUUGCAUCACUGUAUUUGUUCAGUAGAGAAAGGGAAAAUAUAUCCUAAUGUGUUUCUUACUCACACUUAAAGAAUUUUUGCUUUACUUAAACUAAGUUGUUGUGGUAAUUCAGUGGAGCUUGGACUUCUCUAGUUUGAUUUUAUUUAACCUACAGUAGAAGUAAGGUCUUCAGGGAAUUUUAAAUCUCUCUUUUUUACUUUUUAAACAUAGAUCUACAGCCCGGUAACAACUUGGCUGCCAUGAGAUACUAUUACAACCAAGAGCUUAGCUGGUCUCAAAAAAGAAAAUACAAAUCUUACUAGUUCAGGGCAUAAAAAUCAUAAAGGCUGGAAAAAAUUGUCUUUCCCAGACAGGUUAUUCCAUAAUUACUUACUGGAGGCUUUCCCACAUACUCUUUGGGAAAAUAUUUUACUACUAGACAUGGGCAGAAGAAGAACUCUUUGUUCACCAACAAGCAGUGAACAAAAACAACCAUCAGGAUUAAAUUCUGAUUUUCCAGUGUGUCCACUUUAAAACAAAUCCAAAGGCUUUCGGGCCAAGUUUCCAAAUGCAUACACAUCACUUUAGACAAAGAAUCUGUGGGAAUACUUCCAGUACAGAAAUUGAUCAAAAUGCACAUGUGGUGCCUCACCAAUUACCACAGUUCUAUCUUUUCCUACCACAAUUGAGAUGCCUGCCUUUGAAACUUUCUCCAAGGAGCACAUCCCCUUACAGUGCAUAGCACUUGGUAGCCUCCAAAACCUGGACACACUUUAGGAACAUGAUGCAUGAAGUGUCAUUAAAAUGUAAACACUUACUUGGAGUUCAGCUGAUGUUGUGCUUUCCAAAGCAGCAAGUGCUUGUGUUCAUUAUUGCUGAAUGGGCAAAACAGAUGACUUGGUAAUGACUCUCUGUAAUUAUUACUGAAUACACUAAUAGCUCAUAAACAUGAAGGCAGUCACCACCAUUGUUUACAUACAUAGCACUGGUUAAACAGUAGUUCAAACAAUAAUGAAAAAAUAAGGCUGUGAAGCAGCACAGACUUUUAAAACUACUUUCUCCCCUCAUUUUUACUGAUUAUUAUGUUAUAGGUAUUUCUCACCUACAUUAGAUGCUUAGAGACAAAAUUUUCCAAGGUAUGGGCAGGGAAGCUGACAGUGGGAGCACUCAUCAUGAGCUGUCUUAAAAAGAACAGCUGAUUCUGCCCUCAGGCUGCACCAGGUGAGAGUGGGAGAGAUGCUCCCUCCUCUGCUUCUAAAGACAGCUGAGAAACAUGCAGAGCAACUGCACAAACUAUGUGCUGUUCCCUCUCUGCUGUCAGCUGAAUGCAGUGGUUUCAAGCAGUGUUCACAAACAAAACAAAACCUGACUGUAAAGUGGGGGAGCACUGGAAUUGUUUAUGUGUGUAUAUAUCCAUAUUAAAGCUCCCUUAUAGCCUAUCCCUUUCUGUGGGUAUGUAUAUGUACAUACACAUACAU